GUUCAAGAGGAGCUCGUGAAGAUGCAUGUUUGAUUCAAUGAAAAAGUUGCUCACAUUGAAGCCUCGCUAAAACAGCUCAUUGAGACUAUGACAACACAAGCCAUGUUCCAAACAAAGUUCACAAACUUGGAGUUUCCUAAAUUCUCAACAGGAGAUCCAACAACUUGGUUGAGUAAGGCGAAUCAGUUUUUUGCGUAUCAAGAUAUACCGGAGGAUCAUCAUCGCGUGCAACUUGCAUCUUACCAUCUCGAAGACGAAGCAUACCAGUGGUGGCUAGCAAUGACCAAGACAAUUAAGGAAGAUAAUACGGUUAUUACUUGGAAUGUAUUUGAAGGAGAGAUGCUGGUUCGAUUUGGUUCAACCGAAGAUUUCGAUGAAGCUUUAUGCAAGAUUAAACAAACGGGUAGCCUCGAAGACUAUCUACUAGAGUUUGAACGUCUUUUAAGUAAGGUCAACGGUUGGACACAAAAAGCCUUGGUGGGAACAUUCAUGGGAGGUCUUCACACAUCAAUUUCAGAUAGUAUUCGGAUGUUUCGCCCUCAAUCCGUAAAGGACGUGAUCAUGCUGGCUAGAAUGAGAGACGAGCAACUACAAAAGGCGAAGAAGAGUUCGGCCAACAACUAGAAUUAUUAGCAAUUUAAAUUAUUAAUUAUUGUUAGUUGACAAGGCCAGACUCUAUUUGCAAUGUCCAAUUACUAGUUGAGAUAGAUUUUAUUUGUACUUCAUUCAUCAAUAGAACAAGUACUUUCCC